GGCUUAAUCGCCCGCCACGUGGCAUCAUCUUCUCGCCCUUGCGGUCUUUCAGUCAUUUCCAACCUCAAAAAAAACUCUCCAUUUCACUCCAAAAUUGAAAUUGAAAGAAAAAAAACAAAUUAGUGGCUGAAAUUUCUCAUCAUUUUUUUAUUUAAUUAAUUAAAUAAAUACAACGCCCCCUUUUUCUUCUUCACUCUUGCCGCUUCAGUGAAUCUCCAGAUUCCAAAUUUAUGUAUUCCCCCCGGCAACUUCUUGAGAUUCCGAUUUACCCUUGCCGGAAAUUAUGAGGUCUCCGGCGACGCGUGCCGGAGCUUGUUGAUCUUUUUCCAGGUACUGACUGAUCUUCCUCCCGUGGCUGCUGUUUUAUGCUCUUUGUUAUGGUUCUGCGAACAUAAGAUUCGUUUUUGUGAGGAUUCUGAUUGUAAGUGUUUAUUUCUGUUCUUAAUUUCUCUCGAAUCCAAUUUCUUUUUGAGAAGAAGGGAAUCUCAGUAGAAUUGUUGAUUUACCAACUAAGCUCUUUUACAGUAGUAUCAAUUUGUGUUUGGUGAUGAUGAUGAUGAUGACGAUAAGGUAGCUAUAGUUGAAAGAGGACUGGUGUAUUUUCAUGGACUCUUAUUCCUCUGGAGAGGAACCGGUCGUCAAGACUAGGAAGCCUUAUACAAUCACCAAGCAGCGUGAGCGAUGGACAGAAGAGGAACAUAGCAUGUUUCUUGAAGCUUUGAAGCUCUACGGGCGUGCUUGGCAGCGUAUUGAAGAACAUAUUGGCUCCAAGACUGCUGUGCAGAUUCGGAGUCACGCACAGAAGUUCUUUACAAAGUUGGAAAAGGAGGCUCUUAUUAAGGGAGUUCCAAUAGGUCAAGCACUUGAUAUAGAAAUUCCUCCUCCACGGCCGAAGAGGAAACCCAUUAAUCCAUAUCCUCGGAGUCGGAAGACAGCUUCAUGCAAUUUGGUGGCGAAGGAUGGAAAGUUAUCUGCAGCAGAUUCAUCUUUGUGCCAAAGUAAACAACCACCUUGCCAGGACAAAGAACCUCUUCUGGAGAAACCUAGUGAUGAUGAAAAACUGGACAUUGCAAACGAAAACAGAGAGGAUGUUAUCUCUGAUAUGCUAACACUUUUUCAAGCAGGUUCUACCUCUCCUUCAGUUGGGAACAGAGAUUCUGUGCCAUCAGAAGUAAUAACAACUUUCAGGGGCUUUGUGCCUAUUGUGAAUGGAGGAGGCUCUAUCCAGGAUGAUGGGAAUAGGUCUUAUGUCACCAUUGAAGCUACUGAUAAACUAAAUACUAAACAGUCGUUUCAGGAUGGUAGUUCGUGUAGCAGCCCAUGUAUGGGGAACUCUGUUGAACUAGAAGAGAAGUUAGGAUAUGGAGAAAGGCUUGCUGAGCCAAACCAGCCAGGUGGAAUUAUUUGGGAAAAUGACAUGCGACGUUAUCCAAGGCAUGUGCCCGUGCAUAUACUUGAGGAGAGCUCAUGGAUAAAUACUAAUAAUAGACAUCAUACCUUAUCUAACACAUCUCAGCAUCAGAGUGAUCCCUCGGUGCAUUCCACCCAUCAUGUCUUUCCCAAUUUCCACCCCAUGGUUACUUCGGAUUGCAACUCCAAUCAUUACAGAUCAUGUCUGCACAUCUCUUCGGCAUUUUCCAGUCUAAUCGUUUCUGCUUUGUUGCAAAACCCAGCAGCUCAUGCUGCUGCAAGCUUUGCAGCCAGUAGCUUAUGGCCCUGUUCAAACAUGGAGGCUCCAGCAGACUCUGCACUUGCAGCUGUUACUGUGGCUGCAGCAACAGCAUGGUGGGCUGCUAAUGGUCUCCUUCCAAUAUGUACUCCAUUUCACAACACAAGCUUCACAUAUCCCACACCAUCAGCAACAAAUAUGCCUAUGAGUACCUGUGACACUAAAGUGGGAAAUAGUGAGAGAAAGGAUGAAACCCCUGACCAUUUGCAUGCUCAAGAACAGGUCACAGGAUCCCUUGAACAGGCAGCAAGAGUCACCGCGCUUGUUGGUUCGAACACAGAGGAGAAGAACAGAAAACUGGUUGACCGCUCCUCGUGUGGUUCUAAUACGCCCUCGAGCAGUGAAAUAGAGACAGAUGCUUUGGAGAAUAAUGACAAAGAUAAACAAGAUCCGAAAGAUCCUUAUCAUAUCAACCAUACGCCAACAGAUUCUGGGAACCGACGAGGGAAGAGCAAUAGCAACAUAAAUGACCCUUGGAAGGAAGUCUCUGAGGAGGUAAUUGGAAUGUUAACUCACCUUCUUUUUCGGCACGUGUUUUUAUCAGUUUUGACGUUCACGUUUCAAGAUUUUCCAAUUCAUGUUUAGAGUACUGACAUGUAAGACCUAUCUCCCCUCAUUGAUGUCACCUGGUUUAUUUCCAUUGAAAUUUCAAACGCCUAUGAUAUUUAUUGACAGGUUUUGAACUCACAUUCUUCAUUAUUUAGAAGGUUGUGACAGCAAGGACAUCCGGCGUAAAUCUUUGUCCCUAUCCUUUUUUUCUCUCCAAUGAAUCUAAAUUUCUCUACCUGAGUAUAGGGAUUAAGGUUUUGAUCAAUGACGAUGAAGAACAGUAGUGAUAAUUUACUUCAUAUCUGUUGAUGCUUGCUUACUUUUCAUAUAGGGACGAAUUGCUUUCCAAGCUCUUUUUUCAAGAGAAGUGUUGCCCCAAAGCUUUCCACGCCCACACGAUUCAAAUAUUACAGCAAAGGUAUGUAGCGAACGAAACGGAUUGCACUUAGACCUCAGUGAUAAAUCAUCGCUUGCACGCCCGAUUCACUCUGGGAAUAUGGAUGAAGCCCCUUUUGGAGGGGAAGAAAACACGUUGGCGUUGAAGAUAGGAGAAGCGAAGCUGAAAGCUCGGCACAUGGGAUUCAAACCUUACAAGAGAUGCUCGGUGGAGGCAAAAGACAGCAGGGUAACGAGUACAAGCUAUCAUCAUCAUCUUCAUCUUCAUCAGGAUGAUGAGGAGAAGGUAAGCAAGAGGCUUCGUUUGGGAGGAGGAGGAGAGUCUUCCACUUAAUGAAAGUGCAAAAAUGCAGCUGUUUGUGUUCUCCAUUAUUUGAUGCCAAACACGUACUAGUAUGUUAUAUAUAAACUGUCUUGUACAAUUAUAUACCCGGCCAAAAGAAGCUCACAAAAAAACUUGUCGUCUGUAACAUAUACUUGUAAUCUGCAUGUGAUUAAUCGAAGACGUGAAGUGCAAAUCAGAGAUAUGCGUAUAUUCGGACUUGGUAGAGUUCCAAGUCCGAAUGAAUUCCGUAAGAAAAAAAAAUCAACUCUGAAAACUAAGGAAUCUGAUGAAGAAAUGGGCUUUGAUCUCUUUGGAGGAGAUAGAUUAAAGUUUGUCUUGUAUU